UCCACGCACGCUCUGGCUGGCCGGUGGAGCCCCAACUCCCUCCUACCCUCUCCUCAGCUGCCUUUUGUAAUGUUUUAAUGGGGUUUCUUGCCUGGGUUGUGCUGAAUUAAUUACAAAGCUGCAGUGAGUUGAUGCCUUGUGACGGUCUAAUCCCAACCCGGUGACUCUACAAAGCUUUCACCCAGCUUUCUUCCUGCUCUACUCCGGCCUCAUUGUCCGUGCAUCCGUCUCGGCCCGUGCACUGACCCUCUGCAGACGGUUCAGCUUUUCCUCUCCCUGUGUCCUGUGGCUGACAGCAGACAGAAGACGACAUGUCUGCAGUUACGGGCACCUUCCGCAUCGUCUCGGAGGAGGAGCAGGCCCUGCGCACCAAGCUGGAGCGCCUUACCACCAAGGACCACGGCCCCGUCUUCGGGAGGUGCGAGAAGAUCCCCCCGCACACCCUGCAGAAGGCAAAGGAUGAGCUGAACGAGACGGAGGAGCAGAGGGAGGCGGCGGUGAAGGAGCUGCGGGAGCUGGUGCAGGAGCGGGCGGGUGGCGAGGAGGUGUGCAAGGCGGUGGCCGAAAAGGCGCAGGGGAUGGACGACUCCUUCUUCCUCCGCUUCAUUCGUGCCCGCAAGUUCGACAUCCACAGGGCCUACGACCUGCUGAAAGGCUACGUGAACUUCCGCCAGCUGUACCCCGAGCUCUUCGACAACCUGUCCCCCGAGGCUGUGCGCAGCACCAUCGAAGCUGGCUACCCCGGCAUCCUGGCCAGCAGAGACAAGUACGGCCGGGUGGUGAUGCUCUUCAACAUCGAGAACUGGGAUUACGAGGAGAUCACCUUCGACGAGAUCCUUCGUGCCUAUUGUGUUAUCUUGGAGAAGCUGCUGGAAAAUGAUGAGACCCAAAUCAAUGGGUUCUGCAUCAUUGAGAACUUCAAGGGCUUCACCAUGCAGCAGGCAUCAGGGAUCAAACCCUCUGAGCUCAAGAAGAUGGUGGACAUGCUGCAGGACUCCUUCCCAGCGCGGUUCAAGGCCGUCCACUUCAUCCACCAGCCCUGGUACUUCACGACCACCUACAACGUGGUCAAACCGUUCCUGAAGAGCAAACUGCUGGAGAGGGUCUUUGUGCACGGGGAGGAGCUGGAGUCCUUCUACCAGGAGAUUGAUGCUGACAUCUUGCCAGCAGACUUUGGUGGCACCCUGCCCAAGUACGAUGGCAAAGUAACUGCAGAGAAGCUCUUUGGGCCCCGCAUCGAGGCUGAAGACACGGCUCUCUAAACCGGAGUCUGCUCCCCAUCCCCUGUAAAAAAUAGGAUCAGAGGUGGCCCUCUAACCCCAACCACCUCCUUACUGUAGCAUUGGUUGAAUGACUGCUCAUGAUGAGGCGCUCUGGGUGUGUUGCUCUGUGCCUGUCCCCCCCCUCCCCAAACCUGGCAGCGGGCUGCCUGGCAGCCCUGUCCCUCCAGAGCAGAGCAUUCUUCCCUUGGGAGCCAGCAGAGAAAGGAGGCCACGAGCCCUCUCCGGCAGCAUGCCCUGAAGCUGAGGUGGGAGGACAAGGAGAGUGUCUGCUCUGGGAAGGGAGGGCUACAGCAAGGGGAAAAUAAAGUGUUUAACAGCAGA